GCAAUGGUUCUUGUGAAGACUAGAUAUUUUCCUCUUAAAUUUGUUUAACUCGUAAGAGGUUCUUCCAGGUUUUCUAGUAAAUAUGUUUUUGCUCUAUGAUUUCUCUUAAUGUAGGAAUAGAAGCACAUGCUACAUUAUACCAUUGGGACCUACCAAGCACUUGAGGAUGAAUAUGGAGGAUGGGUUAGUCGAAGAGUUGUGUAUGUGUUAGGAAGAAAAAUAAUGCUGAAAUGUCUACUAGUGCUAAUGCUGAAAUGGAUGGUCACAUGGAAGAUAUAAUGCACAAGGAGACAAAUCUAGAGUUAGUUACUAGAAGGGGACAACUAGCAAUCAAUCAUGAAACCAGGGAACCAAGAAGGAGCAGCAGAAGGAGAAUAUCAAAUAGGAGGUUACGGGACUUUGUCUAGGAGGAAAAAUAUGUGGUACUUUGGCCCUGGAAUAAACCAGUGACUAUGGUUGUCAUCUCUGCUACGGGGAUCGUUUAGAAUUGAUAAUGGAACGUUUGGAAUGAUUCCAAUAGUAGAAUUAAAUUCUAUUAAGUCCAUUUAUUAUUGUAUUGACUUUCUUCAUUAGAAAUAUACAAUCAGUGCAGUUUCAUUGCAGAGUGUUUGUUGAAAUUUAUUUACUGCAUAACAUUUGGUGCUUUCAUUGACCAUGGCCGACGGUACCAGGAUGAAGACGAUGGAAGUGGACAUUAAAAAACUCUAUCAGCUGCUAUAAGGCAAUGCAAGCUCAUUGUGCUGAAAUAGCCAGCAUCAAUGAGGCUACUCAAUGUCGAAUGAAUGAUAUUCAACAAUCUUUAACUCUGCUUUUGCAGAAUCAAAAUGUUACUCACGCUUCUUCAUCCGAUCGGGACCACACCCAUGUUGGGAACUCCUCUAAUGAAGUCCACACUGCAAAUCCUCAACCAUUUCCAACACGACGAAUGAAUUUCGAUCUUCCACGCUUUGAUAGUUCUGAUGCGCUUGGAUGGAUAUUUAAUUUUGAUCAAUAUUUCUCGUUUUAUCAAGUCUCAGACGAGCAACAAAUUGUCAUUGCGAGAAUGCACAUGUCAGGCCCAGCUAUUCCAUGGUUCCAAAUGCAACAGUGCACAAUGCCUUUCCGCUCAUGGAACAAGAUGAAACGUGCCAUCGAGAUCGAGUUUGGACCCACCUUAUUUGAAUCACCACGUGAGUCUCUUUUCAAACUCCAACAGCAAGGUACUGUUUCCAAGUACUACACAGAAUUCAUUACCUUAGCCAAUCGCACCAACAUUGAACCAACAGAGGCCUUGUGUGACUGUUUCAUUAGUGGGUUACGCAUGGAAAUUAGAAGAGAAGUAAAGGCUCAAUGCCCAACUUCAUUGAUGCGUGUUGUUAGUUUAGCCAAACUUUAUGAAGAUAAAUUAUCUUCUUCGUUCAAAACCACUCAAGGACCCAACCCAUACCGUCCAACAAACCUAGUUUGAGGCUUCUCGCGAGGAAGGUGAAUAUGGUUAAUACAUCACACUGAGUCUUGGUUGUGCGAUUAUAACAAUGCUAUUUGAGUUUCUGAGUUUGCUUUGUUUGCAGGUUGCUAUGAGAAGCGAUUUGGAGA